AUGUGUCAUUGUUUCUUAAUAUGUAUUAUUUCUGAACAUCGUUCUGUUUGUCCACCCUACUCCCAAUGGAUCUGUCGAGCUGUGGCCAAACUUUACGCCUAUUGGAUUGUGGUCAACUAUCGCGAAUCGUACGGGAUGUUCGCAUGUAAUGGAAUUCUGUUCAACCACGAGAGUCCCCGACGUGGUGAGACAUUUGUCACUCGGAAAAUCACGCGUGCCGUGGUACGGAUCAAGAAAGGAUUGCAAGUGAGCAAAUCUAUGAAGCACAACACCAUCUUUGGUACAUUUCCCCUCAUAUUCCCGAUCAUCGGUUGUUUAUGUUGA